AAACAAGCAAGAGGAAGAAGAGGAGGAUGCGCUUUGGUGCUGUGUUUGUGGCGGCGAUCGUCGCCGUCACUGUGGCGGUGGCUGUUCCUUCCACUGCAACCGACGACAGCGUCGUAAUCAAGAACCCAAAACCUGCCAAUGGCACGACGAAGGAUGUUCCGCACUAUGUGGUUGACCUGAGCAAACCCCCAAAGGAGCGUUGGGCCCACAUUGUGAAGAACUACAAGCCAGAGAUGCAAGACCUGAUUCGGUACAUGAAGAAGCUUCUGAGCCCAAAGGUGUUUGACGACAUCACUGUGCUUCUCGGCGACCUCGAUAACGCGCUGGGCCAGCCAUGGGCGGACGAGAUGCGGGGCGCCGCCGAUGCGCUCGAUGUGGACGUCGGCGAUGUCGUGCUGGCCAACCUGUAUUAUGAAGCGGACACGGCCUGCACUUCCAUUGUCGCUCAGCGAUCGAAUGGAACCAUUUUCCACGGCCGCAACCUCGACUUCAAUCUCCCAGACCUUCAGCAAACGACAGUGGAGGUCUCAUUUCAACACGGCGAGCAAGGGCCAACCCUCUACCGAGCGACCACGUAUGCGGGAUACGUCGGCAUCCUCACUGGCAUGCGCCCAGAUGGCUUCAGCGUGUCGCUUGACGAGCGGUGGACCAAGAAUGGAACGCUGUGGGACAACCUGCUUGAUGCACUCAAGGGGUAUCACCCUGUUGGGUUUGUGCUGCGGACAGCGCUUGAGGAGCAGAAGACGUUUGACCAGGCCGUGCAGUACCUCAGCACCGUCAAGCUGAUUACGGUGUCGUACAUCAUUGUUGGCGGUGUGCGGGCGAACGAGGGCGCCGUCAUCACCCGCGAGCGCGAAUCCGCAAUCGACGUCUGGCGCAUCGCUUAUCCAAACAGAUGGUUCCUCGUGGAGACCAACUACGACCACUGGAAGCCCGUUCCUGCGAGCGAUGACCGCCGCGAUCCCGCCAACAAACACAUGCACGCAACAAACUCCUCCGCCAUCACCCCAGACGUCAUGUGGAGCGUCAUGAACAUGUUCCCAAACCUCAACUCGGAGACAACGUACACGGUCGUCAUGUCUGCUGACACGCAUUAUUUCAAGUGCAAGACCCAGAACAACAAGCCGUGAUGCGCACCUGAUGCUGUGAAACAAACAAACAAACAAACAAACAAACAAACAAACAAACAACAACACAAUCACCUGCUCCUCUUUUCUCACCCCCCCCCCCUCACGCCCUUUUUCAACCUCCUCCAACCAACCUUGUUUU